GGUGCUAUUCAGCGCAAUGUCGCUGAUUAUUUAAAAGAAGAGAGUUUAAUUUGAUUAUUCAAGAAGAAAGUUUAUAAAUUGAAUUAAACUAGACUAUUUCAAUUUUGUGGAAUUUUCUUACCUGGAAAAGAAGUGCAAAUGAGACGUCAGAAGAGGAUGGCACUCAUCUCUCACUAACUUGAAGAGUUCUAAAAUGCUGUCCAUGGAAGACCCAUCUUUCUCAUGGACCUUAACCAGGUCCUCUGCGGAAGACAAUAAUGACCUCCUGAAUUCAUGGGAUGGCAAGAGUGACUCCAGAAGCUCUUAUCAUGUCCAGGAGCUUUUUCAUGAAAAUGCCCAGGUUUCACAGAGUCCUACACAGCCAUGGUGGAAAGUGAAACUGUUUGUCUGGGAGCCCAUCCUCUUCGGGACAUGGGAUGGUGUUUUCACCACCUGCAUGAUCAACAUAUUUGGUGUUGUUCUCUUCCUCAGAACAGGAUGGCUGGUGGGCAACGCUGGUGUAUUGCUCGGCAUGCUGCUGGUGUCUUUGGUGGUGCUGGUGGCCCUGGUGACGGUGAUGUCAGGGAUUGGGGUGUGUGAACGUUGCAGAGUGGGCGGUGGGGGAGUCUAUUCCAUGAUCUCCACAGUACUGGGACGCCGAGUUGGAGGAACCGUUGGACUUCUCUACGUGUUUGGGCAGUGUGUCGCUGGAGCUAUGUACAUCACAGGCUUUUCUGAGUCCAUUGCCGAGGUCCUGGCCCUGCAGAGCGUGUGGGUGGUGCGUGGGAUCUCCGUGGCCGUGCUGCUGGGUCUGCUCGGCAUCAACCUCGCAGGGGUCAAGUGGAUAGUCCGCCUGCAGCUGGUGCUGCUGGGAAUACUUGCCGUGUCCACUCUGGACUUUGUUAUUGGAACUUUCUCCCACCUGGAUCCAGAGCAUGGGUUUGUUGGGUACUCCGCAAAACUGCUGCACAGAAAUCUGCUGCCAGACUAUACCAAUGGAGAGACCUUCUUCAGUGUGUUUGGGGUGUUUUUCCCAGCAGCCACAGGUGUGAUGGCGGGCUUUAACAUGAGCUCCGAUCUCCAGCGUCCCGAGCAGAACAUCCCUGUGGGAACGCUGGCGGCCGUCUGCACCUCGUGGUUCCUGUAUCUCGUCUUCGUGUUCUUGCUGGGAGCCAUCUGCACCAGAGAGGCCCUGCACAAUGAUUUCUUGAUCGCUGAAAAGGUCUCCUUGGUGGGCUUCCUGUUUCUGCUGGGCCUCUACGUCUCCUCCCUGGCCUCAUGCAUGGGCGGCCUGUACGGGGCACCCAGGAUACUCCAGUGCAUCGCUCAGGAGAAAGUCAUUACAGCCCUGGGCAUUUUCGGACAUGGGAAAGGGGCCAACAAGACUCCAGUAGCAGCCAUCUGUUUUACCAGCCUGCUCUCGAUGGCCUUCAUCUUCAUAGGCCAGGUCAACACCCUGGCCCCUAUCGUCACCAUCAACUUCAUGUUGACCUACAGCAUCAUUGACUACGCCUUUUUCAGUAUGGCCAUGAGCUACAACCUCCAGGUCAAGAGGACAAGGCCUCUGACCGAGCAACACAGCAAGAGGAAGCCACUCAUGGCAACCACCCACUCCAGCUAUGGAAGCGACUGCUCCAUCACGAAGGCAAGCAACGGUACGCUGCUGGAGUUCACCAAGGACAUGGACCAGAUAUUUCCACUGCCCAGCAGCACGCCAGCCGAAGGCGAGAGAUCAUCUGCGCCAGGUCCCAGGGCCAGGGGCAAGAGGGCAAAGGUCCCUGCCAAGGAAACGUUGAUGGACAGUUUCGGGCUGGGCCUGGACAGCACCGCCUCUGCCCUCAAGGACAAAGAGGAGGGCGAUCCAAUGGCAGAGAAAGUUCUGCCUGAAAAUGAUGCCACCCAGUUGCAAAAUAAUAACAGUAUUCAUGGGAAACCACAUAACCUGGGGGAAACGCAUACAGACUUCUCACCUGGAGAACAAUAUGGAAAUACUGAUGCUGAGACCAAACCAAAGCUGGAGGAACCAGAGAUUAGACCAAUGCCAAACUCUUGUUACGCAAAACUUUGCAACCCCUGGGUUGCAUUAAUAGGAGCAUUUUGUUCUAUUCUGAUCAUGUUUGUAAUUCAGUGGAUAUAUGCCCUGGUGAAUAUUUUAGUUGCUCUUAUACUCUACCUCUACAUUGGAAAAACAAGCCCGGGUUUGCCAACAGGUGCUGCUGCGCAGUUCAGUUUUUUCAGAUGGAUCAGAUUAUCCCUGAGGAACAUAGGGAGGAGAGGACAGAGCCCUCAGGACCAGAUUGUUGUGACACCUUCUUUGUCAACCAUUGGCAUGGAAACCCGGCAGCUGACAGAAGAAAAUGCCGACUUUGCCUCCCGUGGACGCUACCACCACUCCUCCUUCAUCACAAGCUCUGAUAGCAUAGGCCGCUCUCAGCUGAAGUGAUUUUGCCCCAACCUCACACUUGAGACGGGUGGAAUCAUAUCACAGGUUUUGUUACAGUUCUUUCAUGAUCUGUGUAUGGGUCAGUGUCAGAAUUUGAGCCCUCUAGUUUUGUAAUUUUAAAUGAUCAAUGUGAAUUGGUCUAGGCUAAUUGUAUGGAACUUUCCUGUUUGGAUUAGGCCUAGCCUACCUGUCACACAAAAAAACUGAGCCAACUGUUGAACUGCUGGUUGUAGGCCUGCAGCUUGCAUCAAAUGUGUAGACUACCUACUCAUGAUGCUGUGUUUAUUUUGUCUGGACAAAAGGUCAUAUGACAGUCUGGCUAUUGGCUUUCCCAGUUCCCCCAUCAAUGGCAACCCUAGUUUAUUUUCACAAAAGACUAAGACAAGUGCAAUCCAGUAAAUAACUAAGUUGUUUACAAGUUCAUUAUUAUACACAAUGCAAUUCAACUAGAUUAGACCUCACCAAUAACUGCUCUCAAGGCCUGAGGAAAGUAGCUCAGAGCGGAAUUGGGUGGAAACCGCUAUCGUCUGUCUGGGGGAGGAGUUUGCUGUUUCGGAUGUGAUACGGGCUUCUGAAUCAGCCCCUGGAAGCGUGCAUUGAAAUAAAUCCCGCUAUACCGCUAAAUGGCUCCUGUUGUCCUAUGAGACUUUCACGAUCAGAAAUUGACAGAUAACUCCGUUUCCGAUGGUGGACCUUGACACUUUGCCGUUUUGCUUAUUAGUUUGCAGUCCGCCGUCUCACGGUCGUCGUUAUAAUGGAAACGUGUACUUUGAGAAUCACAGACCAGGUCGUACUUGUAGUACUUUUCACUCUUUUAAAAUCUCUCGAUGGAACCUUGACGCCGAGAACGGCUACGGACUCCACACUGAUGUCCCGAGGUUAUUUUUUAGUACCUUCUACUGAUUUAUCUGAAACUGCUCUGCCAAAGGAGUUGACUACUUCCAUGACUGAGUAUACUAAGGGGACUUCUACAGACUUUGGGGACUCUUUGGUUGGAAUUACAGAUGUUCACCGGAGCUUUUCGGAGGAGUUAUACACCGAAAUUAAAUCGGGUAAGCGGGGUCAUUCAUUUCUCAGCAUUUGUCCAACACAGCCACUUCGCGCAAGGGCCGAAAGCCAUGCUGUCCGCAAGGACAGGUUUCAUAACUUGAUGCGGUAUUCUGUAGUCUGAUGCUGGCUUGAGAACACAUUUGUUUAGACGUGUAUGAGCGCUAUUGCUGAAAAUCUAUGCGGUCUAAAUUCAUUAAACAUCCCUCUACAAAUUAUCUAAAAUUAAUUAAUUGAAUUGAUUGUAUCCUACACAGCAGUUUGCCACCAGUUGAUCUAAAGGGGAAAGAGUAGAACAAUGGAAGCCAUGUAACAAUUGUAACAAAAAAUGUAAUGCAAUUAUAACAUUAGUUGCUUUUGGGAGUCCCCCAUCAGGUGUUUCACUUGGCAUAGGCCUACUAACUCCAUCCACCUGUUAGAUGUAGCCUACAUGGAAAGUUUUUGUUCAACCAGUCUUUUCCCUGUAGGCCAAUUUACAACGAAAGUGAUAAACGUAACAAACCCACAACCCUAAGGGAGAGUAGGUGGGUUAGGGGUAUUAUGGUUUGAGUGGAGGAAAUUUCCCGUCUUAAACUUGAGUCACCUGUUCCACUUAUGUAUUUAUUUUUUAAGAAUUGCAAUUCAACAAAUAUUCCUAAUAUGAAUUCUAACUUACAAAGCGUAAAUAUGUAACAUAACAUUCAUAAACUAAUGAAAUGGACUUUCAUAAACUAAUGAAAUGGGUUUCCAACUUUUUUGUAUUUUGUUAUGACUUAAUCCUACUGUACACUGCACAUUUUGUUUGUUUGUAUAAGACAGAAUGUCUUAAGAUUCACUACAGUGCCUUCCCUGUUGUUACUGGGUUGUCUAAAUGAACUGUUAUCUUUAUAACUUUGUACAUAACUAAUGGAAUAGAAUACAAAUGUCAUGUUUGUGAACAGAUGCAUUAAAAAAUUUGGGGAGUAAAA